AUCUAAUACCUAUACCACCCUCAGUGUCGAUACCAGCUAUAUUUGAAUCGAUCCGCCCACUUCUAGCUCUCACAAAGGAAAAGCAAAGCGCGCGACAGACGGGGGGGCUGUCAUCAACCGGCAUCGUGGUUUUCAUCCUUUCUAACGCCUAUUUUUGUUUUAUCACACAACUACUAACUCCAUUCUUCACAUCUGGUAAUGGUCCCGUCGGAGCUUUGACUUCAGCCACUUUUAUUCACCGAAACCGAUCAUAUGUACAUAGCAGAAUACAUUGAAGAAGAUGAGGAACCACCUUUGCUGCUCCGCUCUUGUCCUUCUCACGGUGUUUGGCUGUGGUUGGACUGCAGUGCAGUGUCGGUGGGGAGAAGGGUGUGUGUGUCUGCAAUGUCCCGCUGGCCACGAGCCUUCCAAACCUUGUGGGCAGGUCCAGAGUCAGACAGAAGAAGUCCGGUGUCGUUCAUGUCGCACAGGAACCUUCUCGGAAUCGCUAGACUCUGAACUGUGUCGUCCCCAUACCUCGUGCAAACUCCGUGGCCAAAAACUCGUAACCUCUGGCACUGCAAGCUCUGAUGUUGUGUGUGGAGACUGUCUGCCUGGGUUUCAACCCAAAACUGUUGGAGGAAAUGCUUCAAUCAAAAGCUUUUGUGUAAAAACGUCUUUGCACGUCAGAAGGGUGCGCACGGUGGGAAAAGGCACUUCCAGUGGUGGCGGGGGGCCCGUCAACGACACAGUUGUUCGCAGCGCUGAGGAGAAGACGGCCGAGUAUGCUGUGUUUGCUUUGGUGCCAAUCUUCUGUGUGAUGGGCCUGCUGGGGAUCCUCAUAUGUAACAUCUUGAAGAAGAAAGGAUUCCCCUGCAAUGCUGAGAAGGAAGGGGGUGAUGCAGAAGCUGCUGCACAUCAGAAAGAAGGUAACAGUUAUCCCUACACAUCUGACGACUUGAAUGACGACACGAUUAGUGUUCUUGUCCGCCUGAUUACUGAGAAAAAAGAAAACGCUGCUGCUCUAGAAGAACUGCUGCAGGAGUACAAGAGCAAACAGAUGGCACUGAGCAAAGGCUCAUUAAUUAAGUUUCCAAUGCUGUCUCCCCUGUCCUCGUUCUGCACCCUCCCCAGACUAUGCCCCCACCAGUCACACCUCCACACCAUCUCCGGCCUCUCCGGCUUGGGACUCAAGCACGGCUACCGUUGUUCCCGCUGUGCCCAAAGCAAAUGGCCCCCCGUGCUCAUGCCCCAUCUGGAUCACCUGAAAGAUCCACCGCAGUCUGUCAUUCUCCCCUCCCUUGAAACAUCCGCUGUCCAGAAGAGGCCGCCCCUGCUGUCUGGGAUGUAUGUUAACCCUCACUGUACACAAGCUGUUGUGCCAAACACUGAACCAAAGACUGAGGAGGUCAACGAGGCAAAGGAGACGAAGGAAGGAGAGCUGAAAGUUCUAUCCGUUGGAAGAUUUCAAGUUGCUCACAUCCCUGAAUACAAGCCAGUCAUUGAGGAAACGAAGGCACCAUCCCAGGAGCAACGCAAACCCCUAUUUGGUGGCAUCCCGUUCUCCUCAUCUUCAUUAGCCAGCCUCAUCAGGUGACGGGGGAUGCUGUAUGAUAAGACUAUACUUCUGUGGGAGUAAGACUACUGACAACAGACUUGUGCUGAGACGCCAACAUUUUACCAUUGGGGCCAACUCCUGGUCCAGAGCACAGCAAGGAGCUUACCCAAAGAAAAACUCUGUAUGUGCACUUAAGAUAAAACAGAGGUUUGUACGACAUCAAUGGAAUAGAAGCUCAGCACUUUAGGGGCAGAUGAGUGGAAGAAUAAGCCCCACUGUUUGAACUUCCAUAACAAAAGACACAUGGUUAGGUAAACACUCAGUUACGCAAUAGGUACCAAGUCAUUCUUCCCUGCAUAAAAGGGAGUGCAAACUGGACUCUUGCUGUAUGUGUGCAUUCAAGUGUGGUAAACAUUAAAGCAGGCAGUUUGCAACAUGAUGAAGAACAUUAAAUGAGGUUUUCAUCCUCAUGAUCAUUUUACAGGAUCGAACUACACUAUAAUAGCAGCAGGUGGGGAUUGAAAGAAAAAUGUUGUAUUCAGUUUCAUUAUUCUAGCUUGCUUUGCUUCCUUGUUACCCGAGCUUUUAGAUAUUGGAUAUGUUGAAUAUAACAUAGUCCCAACAGAUGUAUUGACAAUACACUCUUAAUUCAACUGCAUGACACACCAUCCCAGUGGCAUUCAUCAGGGGUCAAGACAAAAAAAUAGCUACAUCUCAUUUGUAAAACAAUUAUACAUACACACACACACACAUAUAUAUGAUCUACUGUAUAUACGUACAUAUGUGAAUACAGCUUGCUACAGAUAAGCCUACUGCAUUAACAUUUUAGCAACAUGUUUCUUGAACUGCACCAAAUCAUUUGCUUUUCGUCUUUGUCAUUCAUAACACAAUAAACUUGAACUCUUGUGUGACUUUGACAACUAAUCUGUAAAAAUCUGUAAAAGGAAUGGUGAGUUGCAGUCCUUACUUCAAAUAAGCGUACUGUAUAUUUAACUUUUUUUUUCCCCGGUGAUUGCAGAAUAGAGGCUCAGUGGUUUGAUUUCUGUGUAGUAUUUGAAACUUUUUCUCUUUUCUUUUUUAGCUAUUUUCACAUGACAAUACAUUUGAAGGAUAUAUUUAUUGAUGCUAUUAAGUUCAUGUGCACAUUAAUGUAUUUUAUCAGGCACUCUAAACAGGUUUUCAAUUUGAAGUGUUGCUGGAUUAAAAAAAAAAUCAUCUCAGUGUAAUUGUGUGUAUAUUUUUACUCCUGAAAUAAAAACGAAACAUUCUGAAAGC